AUGAGCUUAACUAUGCAGGAUUACUGUAGAUGGAAAACGAGAUUCCAAGCCCAAAAUGAGAAACAAAACAACAAAAACGUGUUACAUUUUCAAAGGUGUAAAAAAGAAACAAGAGAAUGGCUCAGAAGGAACGAUGUUGUACUCUUAAAAGCGGACAAAACAAAGGGUAUUGUGCUCAUUAAGAGGGAUUCAUAUAGAAAGAAAUUGCAUGAAUGCAUUAGUAGUACAGAAACUCUUAUUGCACCGAAUAAUUUUUUAGAAGCUUUGCAACAAAGAGUGAGGAGAUUUACGCUAACCCCCUUGGCGUGUCUUCUAGACAUGGAGAGAACUGUUGUGCAGACCCCAAGAACACCAAGAAUUUUCGCGUUCGGAAAGACGCACAAGCCAAGAACACAAUUACACCCGGUUGUGGAGAAGUGUAAUGCACCUACAUUCAAGAUAGAGAAACAACUGGUUAAGUUUAUACGAAAAAAUAUGCAAGACUCACCUUUUUCGGUAAAGAAUUCGGUGGAGGUACUCAGAAGGUUGGAGAAUGUUAUGCUUAUGGAUAAUGAAUGGAUGACAGUAUUGGAUUACAAAGCUCUGUACCCGUCAAUUAAAUUACCUCCCUGCUUUUGCGCUCUCAGAGACUUUUUGUUAGCAAAAAUUAGCAAUUCGAUGAAAUACCACAUGCAGAUCUUAGAGUUGGCAGAUUUAAUUUGUCACACAUCUUUCUUCCAAUUUGAAGAUAAAACUUACUUGCAGGCACGGGGCGUACCGUUGGGUAGCCCCAUGUCAGCUAUACUCUGCGAAUUAGUGUUGCGUAAACUCGAAAACGAUAUACUCCCAUCAUUCCAGGAAGACAUAUUGACUUAUGCAAUAUAUGUGGAUGAUAUCUUUAUUUUAUGGAAGGAUAAUCGCAGGGUUAACCAAUUUAUAAAUCUGAUCAACGACAACUCAUAUGGAUUAACCCUGGAGCUAGAGCAGGAAAGUGGAAAUAAUGUUAAUUUUUUGGAUUUAUCUAUAACUUGCAAAGAAGGGGAAAUCAGAACAGACAUAUACCGGAAACCUACUUAUCUUCCUAUCGUCAUUCCUAGGAACUCUGCAGACCCUGAAUAUACCAAAUUGAGCCAGAUGUAA